CUGCGCACGCGCGGGGGCCAUAUUGGCAGCGGUCCUUCGGACGCCGGCGGUGGAUUUCUCCCGAGAAGUGACACGGUUCCUGUGUACCUCGACUUCAGAGUUUCCUCCGGAACUCUAAAAGUUCAGGAAACAUGUCUCGAAGAUAUGACUCCAGGACCACUAUAUUUUCUCCAGAAGGUCGCUUGUACCAAGUUGAAUAUGCAAUGGAGGCGAUUGGACAUGCAGGAACCUGUUUGGGAAUCUUAGCAAACGAUGGUGUUUUGCUCGCAGCAGAGAGACGCAACAUCCACAAGCUUCUGGAUGAAGUCUUUUUUUCUGAAAAAAUUUAUAAGCUCAAUGAGGACAUGGCUUGCAGUGUGGCGGGCAUAACUUCUGAUGCUAACGUGCUGACGAAUGAACUGCGGCUCAUUGCCCAGAGGUACUUACUACAGUAUCAGGAGCCAAUUCCCUGUGAGCAGUUGGUUACCGCACUGUGUGAUAUCAAACAAGCUUAUACACAGUUUGGAGGGAAACGUCCCUUUGGUGUCUCACUGCUGUAUAUUGGCUGGGAUAAGCACUAUGGCUUUCAGCUCUACCAGAGUGACCCGAGCGGAAAUUACGGGGGAUGGAAAGCCACAUGCAUUGGCAAUAAUAGCGCUGCAGCUGUGUCAAUGUUAAAACAAGACUACAAAGAAGGAGAAAUGACUCUGAAGUCAGCACUUGCUUUAGCUGUCAAAGUCCUCAAUAAGACCAUGGAUGUUAGCAAACUUUCUGCUGAAAAAGGUAACUUGUGCCCCUCCUCGAGUUCGUUCACUUUCAUGAGGGGAUCGAUGGAGCGACUCCUAUGUUAGGCCUGUAACAUGUAA